GCAAUUAUGUCGACCUCAUAAAAGAAUUUGGUCUGCCAGACCUACCACCCGGUAUACAAGCUGCACCUGGUAUUUGCGGUGAUGAGCGAAAUGCCUACCAGACCCAUAAGUCACCCGCCUACAGUAUCACAAAGGAUGCCAUAUUGACGGUACAGACCUCCAGUGUUUUUCCCGAUGGCUUCCCAUCGGAUUUUUCCAUUGUCCUGGCAUUGCGUAACGAACGAUCGAAUCAAACGAAAGCGCCCAUAUUUACGAUAUAUUCCGAUGAAAGUGAAGAAGUCCUCUCGCUAAGUAUCGGUCCUGAAAUCAAACUGAGUUACGAACAAAUCGAUGCAGGAUUUAAUCAACAUAAUGAUAUUAAUUUUGGUAUCGGAAUCGAUGAUCAGAAAUGGCAUCGUAUUGGGUUGAGUGUUAAGGGAACCUCGGCCACGCUAAAUUUGGAUUGUACGAAGCAGGUUACACGUCGCGUGGAACGUUCGAUGGGUAGUACCAUUUCGACAAAUGGUUUGAUUUUGACUGGCGUUCAGAUGAGCAACGAUGACGGCUUCUUUAUUGGUGACGUACAAAUGAUGGCCAUUUUCGAUACCCCGCAGGCGGGUUAUGAUGUCUGUAUGAAAUAUGUUCCGGAAUGCCGGGGAGGUUAUGGUGACGAUGGCUUUGGGGAGCUGGCGAAUGAGUUGCUAAUGUCGGGUCCUGGUUAUAUUCAUUCAAGUUCCAGUUCAAGUUUUUCAUCUGGAGGAGGAAGAGGAGCGGGAGGUGGAGGUAGAGUUUUUGGUGGUGAAAGUUUUUACACCUCCACUGGAGGUGUAAAUGGUGCUGGAGGCCCUCAAAUUAUUUCCAGCUCUAUUGGUGGAAAUACCCAAGUGUUUGGAGGUGGUUCCUUGGGUACUGGCGGAAUUCCGAACAUGGCUACCUUUGCAGGUGAAAAUAGGCAAAUAUCUGGCGGAGAUUCUGUGGGUACUAGCGGUGGUCAAAAUUUCAUAGACAUUGAAGGAGGCGAUGCUUUAUUAGGCCCGGUCUUAAAUCAACCAACAUUAAUCGGAACAGGUUCCACAAUUCAAGGUUCCCAUUCGGCUGGCAACCAAGAAGCCACAAUGGAUUUGGAUUAUGGUUCGCUAUUUACCUCUGAAGACAACGAACCUGAAAUCACCUCGGAAGAUUUAGAUGCUGAGCAGAUACCCGGCAAAAAUGGAACUUCGACUUCAAAAAAUCCGAAAAAGAAAAAUAAGACGACGAAAAAUUCGAAAGAACCGAAUUCGGGAAAUUUGCCAGCAACCGUAGAUAUAGGAGUAGGCGUCGAGGAUCCAGUGGUUAGUGGAAAUUCAAGUGGAUCCGCAAUUGGCAGACCAUACGAAACCGGAGGACAGCCAUGUUAUCCAGGACCUAGAGGUUAUACCGGCGUGCCUGGGCCACCAGGUGAACGAGGCCCUAAAGGAGAACCUGGAAGGGAUGGUUUGUCGGGCACAGAUGGUAUACAGGGUCCGCCGGGUCAUGUUUUUGUGGUGCCGACUCUCAACAAUGGCAAUGAAAAGGGUCCUGACAAUCAGGCAGACCUACUAAGGCAAAUGAUUUCCCAGCAUAUGAUGGCUUUACGUGGUCCCGAAGGUCCAAUGGGUUUGACAGGACCACCCGGUCCACCGGGCACACCUGGUCCCCGGGGUCAAAAGGGAGAACCUGGUGAUGCUGGAGAACCAGGUUUGCGUGGUUUACGUGGACCAACCGGUCCUCAGGGACGAGAAGGCAGACGUGGUCGUUCGGGUCGUGAUGGUGAGAGGGGUCCUCAGGGUCCCCAAGGCAUUAAGGGUGAAGUUGGUCCCAUGGGACCGAUGGGUAUACCAGGUGAAAAGGGUCACAGAGGCUCUCCCGGUCAAAGAGGCGAAAAGGGUCAGCAAGGUGUUGAAGGUCACCCCGGAGAGGAUGGACCCCCUGGUUUGCCCGGUCUGCCAGGUGAAUUGGGUCCUCGUGGCUUCCCUGGCCCUCGAGGCUUUCCUGGGCCCACCGGCAAUCCGGGUCCCCAGGGCAAUGAAGGUCCAGCUGGCCCCAAAGGUAACACAGGUCCCAGCGGCCAACCAGGAGCUCCAGGUCAACAGGGACCACCCGGUCCUCCAGGUUCUCCUGGACCCCAAGGCAAAACUGGCCCCUCCGGCAUACCCGGCCCUAGCGGUAAACCUGGUUUACCAGGUCUCCCUGGUGCAGAUGGUUCUCCUGGUGUGCCUGGUCUACCUGGACCUGCCGGCCACAAAGGUGAUCAAGGAGUUCAGGGUCCCCAGGGUCCAGUAGGUUUUCCUGGACCACGAGGCUCAAAGGGAGAUGAAGGUCCGCGAGGUCCACAAGGCGACAAAGGUGACACAGGAGAUCGUGGUAUGGAUGGCGAAAAGGGAGAAAUGGGUCCACCUGGUGAGAGGGGUCCAGCCGGUUUGGCUGGAGCUCCCGGUCCCGAGGGUCCUGAAGGUCCAAAGGGUUUUGAAGGUCCUCGGGGAGAAACUGGACCACCUGGGUUACCGGGAGAAAAAGGAAAACAAGGUCCUCAGGGUUUUCAGGGAUAUCCAGGACCAUCUGGUGACAAGGGCGACAAAGGAGCCACAGGUGCAGCUGGGCCAGUUGGCAUGAAAGGAGAACGCGGCGCUCAAGGUCCCCAAGGGGCCAGAGGUGAAAUGGGACCCAGAGGUUUUAGAGGCUCAAGGGGUAGACGAGGUAGUGAUGGCAAUCCUGGACCUAAGGGUGAUUCCGGACAGCCUGGUCCACCGGGACCUCAAGGUGAACGGGGUCCCCAGGGUCCAGAAGGUCCGCGAGGAUUUAUUGGUAUGCCUGGUAGUCCAGGUGUAGAUGGAAAACCUGGUCCCGCAGGACCACCGGGUGAGAGGGGACAACCGGGCGAACCUGGAAAACCCGGUCCAAUGGGUGAAGCUGGCGUAAUUGGACCUCGUGGCGCUCCUGGAGAAAUGGGUCCAAUUGGUGAGCCUGGUAUACCUGGUUUACCAGGACAACCGGGAGAACCUGGUUUACCAGGAGAAUCCGGCAAAGAGGGUCCUCCUGGUCCACCAGGUCCUACAGGCAAUCCGGGUCCCCAAGGUCCCACUGGUUUACCCGGAUUCCCUGGCGAACGUGGACAUCAAGGACAACCUGGUUUACCGGGUCUAAAAGGUGAGCAAGGCGUAAUGGGUCCACCCGGAUUAAGAGGAGAUAAAGGACAAGAUGGCGCCCCUGGGCAAAUGGGUCCUCCUGGACCGCAGGGUAAUAAUGGUCCACCAGGAAAUCCUGGAGCUCCGGGAGCUAAAGGUGAAGUGGGAGAAAAAGGUCCCGUAGGUCCGAUUGGCAGAGAUGGUACACCUGGUUUGAGAGGUCUACCAGGACCACCAGGUCCCACUGGUACGCCGGGUGAAGAUGGUGAUAAGGGAGAUGCUGGUAUGCCGGGAGAAAAGGGCCUCAAGGGUAAUCAAGGUGAAACGGGUCCCGCUGGUCCAGCCGGUCCCCAGGGACCUCGUGGAGAACCUGGCACCCCUGGUUCGCCUGGUGAAAAAGGACCACCAGGUGAUCAGGGCCACAGAGGUAUUAAGGGUGAGGAUGGCCAACCGGGUAUCCAAGGUCUGCCAGGAAAACCUGGCCUGCAAGGCUUGCCAGGUCCCGCAGGAAUUAAAGGAGAACGUGGUGAUGAUGGCUUAAUGGGUCCUGUGGGACCUCCAGGCCCGCCCGGAGAACAGGGAAGACGAGGACCUAAAGGUGCCCAUGGUCAUCAGGGUAAACCUGGCCCUAGAGGUUCCCCAGGCUUAACGGGUGCUGAUGGUCCCCCUGGCCCACCAGGUCCAGUUGGUCCCAUGGGCAGGCAAGGCGAGAAGGGUGUAAUGGGACCUAAAGGUGAAGAAGGCAAGUCGGGACCCAUGGGAGCCCCAGGCAAACCUGGCAUACAAGGUGUGGAGGGUCCAAAGGGAGAAAUGGGCCCUAGGGGUUUCCCAGGAGCAAGAGGAGAACCGGGUUUGGUGGGACCUAAAGGUGAUAUCGGUCCCGAGGGUGAAGAUGGUAAACCGGGUGAACCAGGUCCUCCAGGAGAACAAGGACCGGAAGGUAGAAUGGGUGAGACGGGACCACCAGGCAAACAAGGUCCUGAAGGCCCUGCAGGAAUGCAAGGUCCAGCCGGUGUACAAGGCGAGAAGGGAGAUAAAGGAGAUGUGGGCCCAGAGGGCCCUAUUGGUAUGUCUGGUCCUCCAGGUCCAGUGGGUUUGCAAGGUCCUGCCGGUAAACGAGGUCUGCCUGGUUUGGUUGGAGAAACAGGUGCUCCAGGCCAAGUGGGUGCCCCUGGUAAGGACGGACAAAUUGGUUUACCCGGUCCAACAGGUCCUAAAGGAGAUCGUGGCAGAAGAGGACCUAAGGGGCAUCGCGGUGAACUUGGUAUGGUGGGCAUGAAAGGUGAACAGGGCGAGAAAGGAGAUAGAGGACCAAGGGGACCACAAGGUCCUGAGGGUGUUAAAGGUGAUCCGGGACCAAGGGGUCUGGUGGGGCCUAAAGGCAAUGAUGGUCCUCCUGGUUUGCCAGGAAUGCAUGGCCCCACCGGUCCCAAGGGUGUGGAUGGUCGGGCGGGAGAUAAAGGAGAUACUGGUCCACCUGGCCCUCCUGGACCACCAGGAGCCCCAGCCGAGGCUCCUAUGAUACCACCGGAGUUACUUUUCCAAAUGCAGCAAUUCUCGAGCACCAAGGCUGAGACGAGAAGAAGAAGAGAUGUGGAUUUUGCAGCCUUCGCUGAGGAUGAUGACGACUUCAAUGAAUUGAUGGGAGUGGAAACCGUCACCGAGGCCAAUGAUAAAAUUGUCGAUAUGUACAAUGCCAUAUAUUCCAUACGCCAGGAAAUGGAUCGGAUACGUAAACCAACAGGCACGCAAGAAAAUCCUGGUCGGACCUGCCGAGAUCUACAUUUUGCCCAUCCGCACUUUGAAAAUGAUUGGUAUUGGAUUGAUCCGAAUGGUGGUAUGCCAGAUGAUGCUAUUCAUGUGUACUGUAAUAUGACCAGCGGUGGGGAGACCUGCAUCUAUCCUGAUGUCCAUACGGCGGAAAUGCCAUUGGUUCCAUGGAAAUCGGUAGAGGAUAAGCAAUGGUUUUCGAAAAUUCAGGGUGGCUCGAAGAUAACCUAUGAUGGUGUGGGUACGGUCCAAUUGACAUUCUUGAAAAUGUCCUAUCAGGUGGCGGUGCAAAAUUUCACCUACUAUUGUCGUAACUCGGUGGCCUGGCAUGAUCGGAAGGAGAACAGCUAUCACAAGGCUUUGACAUUUUUGGGUGACAAUGAAAUGGAAAUCGGAAGGGAAAGUAAGGCAGUGGAGGUGCAGGUGGUGAAGGAUGAAUGUGCGAACCCUCAAGCCUCUGGAUCCACAGUUUUGACGAUCACAUCCAAGCGUUUGAAUUAUCUGCCCAUCAAUGAUUUCCUGCCUCUCGACUAUACCAAGGAGAACCAAGCCUUUGGUUUCAAGGUGGGACCAGUGUGUUUUAAGUGA